AUGGCAAGAGGUGAUCGUAGACUUCGUACUGAUGAAAACUCGGCGGCUAGAAACGCUGCGGGUGGGAAUCAGGAUCAAGUGGAUCCGAAAGUGGGCAUUGCUGGGAAUGCCGAGAAUGCGGCUGCGGCUGGGGCUGUUCUGAACGUUGCUGCUGCCCCGGUUGAAUUGGAAGCGGUGUUGGGUCUGUUAACCCAGGUGUUGGCACGAUUGCCGGCUGUUGCGGCUGUCCCUGUGGCACCACCGCCAGUCAUGCAAGUGAAUCCGCCUGCUGAAGCGGAUGAGGGAAAUGCUGGUGUAAGGGUCCCAUCUUACCUGAAGGUGAUGGACCACAUGCAGAAGUUGGGUACGAAGUUCUUCAAGGGAGGAACAAAGCCGAUUGAGGCUGAUGAAUGGAUCGACCGUUUGGAGAGGAACUUCAAGUCGAUUCGCUGUCCGGAACAGUACAGAAUUGAUAUUGCCGUGCACUAUCUUGAGGGUGAUGCGCACACGUGGUGGCGUGGUGCGGUUGGAAGGGAGCGAGUCGGUACGUGGGCUGAUUUUUGUGGGUUGUUCAAGGCUAAGUACUUCCCGCCUGAGGCGCAUGAUCGCUUGGAGAGUGCCUUCUUGGAUCUGCGGCAAGGAUCAAAGUUAGUUCGGGAGUAUGAAGCCGAGUUCAACAAGCUUAAGAAGUUUGCGGGCUGGGGUAUGACUGAUGAGCAUACUCAGAUCAAGCGAUUCAUUCGCGGGCUAAGGAUUGAUCUGAAGAAGCAUUGUGAGAUGCAAGACUAUCGCACUUUUCCGGAGUUAGUGGAAAAGGCUGCACAGUUGGAAGAAACUUCUGUGGAAGAAGCUAAGUUGGUCGGUCAUGCUGCGGCUAGACCAAAGAAAGGUGGUUCGUCAGGAAAACCACUAGCGGGUCGUAAUGCUGGUUCGACCGCUGGGAAGGAGAAACGUGCGAGCUGGCGCGCGUCGGGUGCGUGUCUCCGGUGCGGAAGCAUGGAGCACAAGGUGAAGGAUUGUCCGGAAGAGGACAAGCGCAGAAAGAACCCAGGGAACGGAUCGGAUGAGAGGGUUUGUUUCCAUUGCGGAGAGGCUGGGCACAUUAAGCCGAAGUGCCCAGAACUUAUGCAAGUCGCGCAGCACACUGGGAAGAGGCCGAGUGAGGGACAGGCGCCUCCAGCAAAGAGGCAGGCCGUGACGCCGCGGAUCUAUGCUGUAGCUGAACAGACCGCGGAGGAUCCGAGUUUGUCACGUCCGAUCACUGGGACCUUGAUUAUGGGUGGUGUGGUAACCCAUGUUCUGUUCGAUUCCGGAGCAACUCAUUGCUUCGUGAAUCCGAACAUGGUCGGAAAAGGUGGAUUUUGCAGGGAACCGGGGGAUAACUAUGGCUUGGUCCAGGCGGCUGGUGGACAAGUCAUGUUCACCCUCGGUAAGGUCAAGGAUGUGUCGGUAAUGGUUGGUAGCCGGAACAUGCCAGCGGAUCUGGAAAUCUGCGAGGUGAAGUCUUACGACGUGAUCCUUGGCAUGGAUUGGCUCGGGAAAUACAAGGCACAUCUGGAUUGUUGCCGGGGUCAAAUUUGGUUUGAGACCGCGGAAGGGAUUUUGGAGUAUCAGGGGAUCAGACCGACUAAGGGAAGCUUGAUUGUCUCGGCAAUGCAAGCUGACCGAAUGAUUGAGAAGGGGUGUGAGGCGUACUUGGCUACGAUCACGACCGCCGAGGUGGGACCGGAUGCCGAGCUAGUUAGUAUUCCGAUCGGGAGCGAGUUCGAGGAUGUGUUCAGGGCGUUAACGGGUUUAUCGCCAGCGCGGUCAGAUCCGUUUACCAUCGAGCUCAAGCCCGGAAUUGGGGGAGACUUGUAA